AUGGACAAUAUCCGUAACACGGAAGCUGGAUUCCUUUCUUGCCGAUUAGACAUGUUUGACGCGAAAUUCUUCACCACCAACCAUUCUGAUUUGGGAUACCUGGACCCCCAGCAGCGACUUGCACUCAAGGUUGUAUGGGAAGCUUUAGAAAAUGCUUCAAUCGAUCCAACAACACUAAGGAACACACUCACCGGAGUAUUUGGUGGCUGGUGGAGAAACGAUUUCAAGGAAAUGCUACAGUUUCAAGGAAUUAACAGCACAGAUUUCUUGCGUGUGUACAUGGGUAAUGCACUUGGACCUUUGACAGCGAGGAUUUCACACUUUUUUGAUUUGGUAGGACCCGCCAUAUCAAACGAGAGUGCUUGCUCCACCUCAAUUGCUGGUGUUGAUAUGGCAUGCGAUAGUUUGAGAAACGAGAAUUGCGAUUGCGCCAUCGCAGUCGGAGUGAAUCUUCUUCUCCACCCUUUCCCUCCCGCUGAUAUAGCAAUGGAAGGAAUUCUGACACCCGAUGGAAGAUGCAAAACAUUUGACUCGUCUGCGAACGGAUUUGGACGUGCGGAAGGAGUGGGGGCUUUGAUACUUAAAAGAUUUCCUGACGCCGUCUCCAACGGGGAUAGGAUUUGGGGACUUAUUCGUGGAUCUUCAAUUGUCCAAGAGCGAACAUCGCGAAGCAUGGGGACACCAACUGUAGCCGUUGAGGCUAAAGCUAUGCAGCUCGCCCUAGAUCGAGCUGGAGUGGACCCGAAUGAUAUCAAGUUUGUGGAAUCGCACGGAACCGGGACUAGCGUUGGUGAUCCGAUCGAAGUUGCUGCAAUUGCACAAGUAUACGGUGGAAGAAGGGAGGAUAACCCCCUAAUUAUCGGAUCAGUUAAGACAAACAUUGGCCACACAUAA